AUGGCGACCACAAUCAAAGAUAUCGAGGCCGAAAUGGCCAAGACCCAGAAGAACAAGGCGACGUCUUUCCAUCUUGGGCAACUGAAGGCUAAGCUCGCUAAGCUCAAGAGGGAGCUACUCGAGCCUUCCAGCGGCGGCGGUGGUGGUGCUGGUGUAGGAUUCGAUGUUGCUAGAACUGGUGUUGCCAGUGUUGGUUUCAUUGGAUUCCCAUCUGUGGGCAAAAGUACGCUCAUGAGCAGAUUGACCGGACAGCACUCCGAAGCCGCUGCGUAUGAGUUCACAACACUUACUACUGUACCUGGUCAAGUCAUGUACAACGGAGCGAAAAUCCAGAUUCUCGAUCUUCCCGGUAUUAUCCAAGGCGCGAAGGACGGUAAAGGUCGUGGUCGACAGGUCAUCGCAGUCGCAAAGACGUGCCAUCUGAUCUUCAUCGUUCUGGACGUCAACAAGCCUCUCACCGACAAGCGCGUUAUCGAGAACGAAUUGGAGGGUUUCGGUAUCCGAAUCAACAAGAGCCCGCCAAACAUCGUGCUCAAGAAGAAGGACAAGGGCGGUAUCAACAUCACGGCGACGGUUCCGCUCACGCACAUCGACCACGGAGAAAUCAAGGCUGUGUUGAACGAGUACCGCAUGGCAAACGCAGAUGUGGCUAUCCGAUGCGAUGCAACAGUCGACGAUUUGAUCGAUGUUAUCGAGGCUAAGGGACGAAGCUACAUCCCCGUCAUCUAUGCUUUGAACAAGAUCGAUGCUAUCAGUAUCGAAGAGCUUGACCUGCUCUACCGCAUUCCAAACGCUUGUCCCAUUAGUUCUGAGCAUGGCUGGAAUAUCGAUGAGCUCCUUGAGCAGAUGUGGGAGAAGCUGAAUCUCGUUCGUGUUUACACCAAGCCAAAGGGCAGGAUGCCAGAUUACUCUGCGCCAGUAGUAUUGCGAUCAACAGCCUGCACCAUUGAAGACUUCUGUAAUUCGAUCCACAAGACGAUUGUGGACAACUUUAAGCACGCUAUCGUUUACGGAAAGUCAUGCAAGCAUCAACCCCAACGUGUGGGACUGUCACACGAGCUUGCCGACGAGGAUAUUGUCACCAUUGUCAAGCGCUAG